AUGAUUCAACUCGCUUCUCCUGAUAUCUUGAUAAUCGCCUAUGAUGUUAUAACAUUUUUAAGUAUUCCAAUCUAUUUUCUCGGAUUUUAUUGUGUUAUCAAAAAAAGUCCGAAAGGCAAUAAAACUCUCAAAAUUUGCAUGUUAAUGUCAUGUUUCUGGUGUGUUGUUAUGGAUUUUAUUAUAACUGUUUUAGUGAAACCAACUUUGCUAUUUCCCGAAUUUUGUAUUUAUACUCUUGGUUGGCUAACUGAUUAUUUCGAUUUUUCGCAAGAAUUUCAAACAUAUUUGGUUAUUUUUGUGAUUGCUGCAGUUGGAACAUCUUGUGUUUGUAUAAUGGAAAAUCGAUAUCAUCACAUAAAAGAUAUACGCAUUCGUUCUUCCACAGUUCAAAUAACAAUAUAUACAAUGGAUUUAUCAGUUGCUUUCAUUUUCGAAGUAAUUCUACAUUUCUAUAUUCCCGAUCAACAAAGUUCCAAAAAAUUGAUGUUCGAAAAAAUGUCUUUAUUUCCAGAAGCAUAUUAUAAAUUACCUAUGUUUGUGAUUUCUGUUGAUAAAGUUUUCACACUUAUCAAACUUGCUAUUUUUAUAUUUUUCAUUGUUGGACAAUUUAUAAUAUAUUUUAGUGUAACUUAUUAUGAAUUAUUUAUGAUAACAAAUAUUGCAAUGAGUGCGUCAACUAGAAAAUUUCAAAGAUUAUUAUUUAUUGAUGUCACAAUUCAAAGUGUUGUUCCAACAGUUUGUAUUGGUGCUCCUUUUAUUUUAUUAUUUGGGAUUGGAAUUACUGGCUAUUAUGAUCAAGGUAAAUGUUUGUUAGCUUUUUUUUUCAAUUUUAAAUCGGAACUAAUUCAUGCUUCAGUAGUUUCAAUUUUCUGAUCGCAUUCCGUCAAAUUUCAAAGAUUCAAAACAUCGACACCUUUCAGGUCUCAAUAAUUUCAUGUUUCUACUUGUCAGCUUACACGGAAUUAUCAGUGUUUCAACGAUGAUUCUCAUUCACAGACCAUUUCGCCGUUUUCUUUUUCGACAAAAAACUGGAAUGUCAAUGGAUCAUAAAAGUGUUGUUAGUGCUAUCAAAAAUCAGUCCAUGAUUCCGAAAAGAAGAUUGACGUCAGUUAUUUGAAGAUUCUUGCAAUAUAUAUAUAAAUGUUUCAUAAAUACCUCAUAAUUUUGGUUUGCACAUUGAUCAUAACAAAUUUAAAAAAAUAAAAAAGUUUCAUAAUUACUUUUUACAUGGGAGAUAGAAAAUUAAUACGUGAUUACUAGUCAAGUGAAAAUAUCAUCAAAAUUGCUAGGCAAUCUGUUUCUGUUCGAAUGAAUAACCAAACUUUCAUAUUAACAAUCAUGAAAGUUGAAAACCCAUAUUUCCUUCUGAUAACUUAUGAUAUUAUAAGUUUAUCGAGUGUUCCAAUUUAUAUUCUUGGAUUCUAUUGUGUUCUCAAAAAAUGCCCAAAAAAUAGUAAGAAUUUGAAAUGGUGUAUGUUGAUGUCUUGUGUUUGGUGUUCAAUUAUGGAUUUGGUUACAAACACACUUGUCAAGCCAAUGGUUUUGUUUCCCGAAUUCUGUUUAUAUACUCUAGGUCCACUUACAAAAUAUUUUGAUUUCUCACAAAAGAUCCAAGUAUUCAUGUUUGUAUUUGGGUUGGCAGGAGUUAGCACAUCUUGUGUUUGUAUAAUUGGUAACCGUUAUCACCAUAUUAAAAAUAUCAAAAUGCGUCCAAUUACUUUUCAAUUAUUCCUAUAUUCGUGUAACUUUUCGAUACAACUCUUAUUCAUGGUUUCACUUUAUAUUUUUAUUCCUGAUCAGGAAACUGCUUUGAAAAUAGUUUUUCAAAAUCUUCCCAGCAUUCCUUCAAAUUUUCUUCAAUUGAAACUACCAUUCGUAGUUUCGAUAAGCAAACCAUUUACACUCACGAAAUUCUCAGUUAUCGGAAGUUUCCAAAUUGUUGAAUUUUUCAUAUUUUUCGGUGUCACAUAUUACCAACUUUUUAUGAUAACAAACAAUCUAAUGAGCAAUGCUACGAGAAAAUUUCAAAAAUCAUUAUUCAUCGAUGUAACAAUUCAAAGUUCAGUUCCAAUUUUAUCCAUGGCUAUUCCACUUUCAUAUUUCAUCGGAGCAGGAAUAUACGACUAUUACAAUCAAGGUAACAUUUUUUGAUGAACGUUAACUUUUUCUAACUACUUAAUUUCUCAGCUCUGAACAACAUCGUAUUUAUUUCAUUCAGUCUACACGGUAUAAUAAGUGUUUCUACAAUGCUACUAAUUCAUAAACCGUUUCGUCGUUUUAUAUUUUAUCAAAAACAAAAUAAUACCCCAAUCACUUCUCGGCCACGGAGAGACAGAAAACCUUGAAAAUAACUCGAUUUUUUUUCAAUAAAAAUUAAUCAUAAUACAGGAUGUUUUGUCUUAUACGAGUUCUCAAAUGUAAUAACAAAGAAAUAAAACAUAAUUAUUUUUUAUUUGUUUUUCUAAAUGGAUACAGUAGGAUCCCCAGAUUUUUUCACAAAAUCUUAUGAUUUCAUAAGUAUAUCAAGUAUUCCAAUUUACAUUCUUGGAUUCUAUUGUGUUCUCACAAAAUGUCCAAAAAGUAGCAAAUCGUUCAAAUGGUGUUUGUUAAUCUCUUGUGUUUGGUGUGUAAUUAUGGAUUUGAUUAUGAAUACAUUAGUUCAACCUCUAACGUUAUCACCAGCAUUUUGUUUUUAUACGUUAGGUCCGCUCACGGAAUAUCUUUAUGUAUCUCAAGAGUUUCAAAUAUUCAUGUUUGUAUUUUCGGUGGCAGGAGUUAGCACAUCUUGUGUUUCAAUAAUUGGCAAUCGUUAUCAGCAUAUUAAACAAAUCAAGCUGAGUUCAUUUAUCUUCCAGAGCAUUCUCACUUGUUUGAACUUAUUUGCAACAUUCCUAUUCAUACUUGCACUCUAUUUGUUCAUCCCUGAACAGGAAUCAGCUCUCGAACAUGUUUUCAAAUCACUUCCUGAUCUUCCUCCAAUUUUUCACCAAAUGAGAACUCCAUUUGUUAUCUCAAUAAACCCACUUUUAACAAUAUUGAAACUCUCGCUUAUUGGGACCUUUAUCACCGGAGAAUUCGUUUUUCUUUUCGGAGUCACAUUUUAUGAAUUAUUUAUGAUAACAAAUCAUUCAAUGAGUCAUGCCACCAAAAAGUUACAAAAAGAAUUAUACAUUGAUGUAGCAAUUCAAAGUAUGGUUCCUAUUCUCCUUAUGGCUAUACCGGCUUCAUAUUUCGUAUUUGCAGGAAUUUUCACGUAUUACAAUCAAGGUAAUAACAAUAAUACUGACUACGGAAAUUAAUAUUUGUUUUCUUUUCAAUUUCAGCUCUCAAUAACAUCGUAUUCAUCUUAUUCAGUUUACAUGGAAUUGUUAGUGUUAUAACAAUGUUACUAAUUCACAAACCAUUUCGUCGAUUCUUAUUUUGUACCAAAGUGAAUACAGAAACAAAAAGCGAAGUUAUUGUACAAUCUUGA